GUAUUUCAGUGGAUCAGAUGAAUAGACCGUGAGCCGUGACCAGCAUCUUCAUGUUCAGAAAUGCACAUGCUAUCGCUGGAGACACCUUGAGCUGUAGCUCCACUCCUUUUCGAUCAAGAAGCAAGUAGGCUAUAGCUGCUUUAUGGUUUGGUGGCAUCAUUUUUGCUGUUCCAUGGGACUCCCACUGGCUGCGUCACAUGCCCAGCUCAGCUAGUGCCUCUGGCAUUUCGUGCUACAGCAGGCCAUUGAGAAGAUAGCCACAACAUGGUCCAUCCCGACAAGACCGCCCGGACCUCAGUGCCCAAGAAGAGCUCCAGGAAGCGGAAGCUGCGUCCCCAGGGCCUGCCCUCCCCGGCCCUGUGCUGCGCCUGCGGGCUCUGCAUCAUGCUGGCGGGCAUCAACAUCACCCUGGUGGGGGCCUUCGCGUUCGGCAAGUUUGUGCCCACCAAGAAUCCGCCCAUCAUCAUCGGGCCGCUGCUGCUGCUGGUGGCGCUGUCGUUCUUCGCCGCGUGCUGCGUGUGCAGCCGCCGGCCCCCGGCGCACGCGUCCCGAGGCAAGGCGGGCGGCGGCGGCAACGGCGCGGACAGCUGGGGCCUGAUGCGCAUGGGCCCCUCGGCCUUCGAGAUGGAGACGAGCGAGCACACGCUGCAGGACACCACGGCCGUGCAGCUCAGCCCCACCAACUCCCUCAGCUCCUCCAGCAAGUCCAGCCCCGGCGGCCACCACCACACGCCCGCCGGAGACCCGCCCCGCCAGCUGGUCGCCACGGAGCUCAGCGACUCGCCGACGGCCACCGACGGCCUGAUCGGCGGAGCCAACUGCGUCUCGGCCUCGGUGCCUCUCUGUCAGGAACACAUAGCUGUCGAUCUCGGCCCCACACACGAGGCCUCUGACACAUAGAGUGGUCACAGUUGCAUGGGUGUCUGACAUCCAGGAAAAAAUCACACUGUUCUCAAGCAAUCUGGCUUGACUUUAAUGUCCUUGGCAAAAGAAAAAAAGAACUGUGAUGGUUCUUUAAACAUCACAAAGGUUAGGAGCAGGGAAAAGUACAGUACACAUAGUUGGUGUAAAAAAAUAGACAUAAAAUUACUUAAAACACUCGAUUUAGGCAGAUUUCAAGCCUCUCGUUUACAGAAAGGUGAGAAAUAGAGUGCGAAAGCAAGUCGUGUGAGACAGAGAGAUAUGUUGCCUGAAUUAUCCUCAGACAUUUUCAAACUUGCCUUACUAAGCCCCUUUCUUCUGUCAUGCUGCUGAGAAACAAGUGACUGGAGACUAGUGACAUUUUCUUGUUUGGGAGUCAUUGGCUCACCAUGUCAUCCUGACCCCAUCGUGGUAAGGGAAGAGCAUGGCUCAGGAGAAAAUAGCCCUUCAACAAUGAUCAUUCAUGGACUUUCCACACAGGAACUGAAUCUGAAACAAGCCCUUUGGAAAUAGGGGACAUUGUACAUUUUGUGAAGGGGACAAAAAAAGGUUCCUCUGUGCCUCCUCAUUUGAUGCCAAGCAGUGUGGUGAAAUUGGUCUGAAUUGUAGGUGACACUGCUCAGCAGAUAUGACAUUAUCUGUCUGUGUCACAUGCAUCAGAAACAGAGAAUGCCCUUCUGUGGAAGAAGCAGGCUAAAGACUAUCCUGUGUUAACACAAUACGACCAUAUGUGAUGCCUAUUGAAGCAAAGAUUUUAACAUAACUCUAUUUUGAAACAGAGGUGACUGUCAUCUCAAGGUAUUUAUUCACCUUAAAAAAAGAUAAAUGUUUCCUGUUUUCAUUUGUUGUGAUGUACUGCCUUGCUGUUGUGAAAACAUUUUCUUCUUUUUCAUUUGUUUUCCUUGUUUCGUUUAUUUAUUUAUGGAUAUUUUUUACUUGCUAUAGAAAGUGUGUUGACAAAUAUGUGAUGGUGUGUGAUGGUCAUAUACCCUUGUAGUUCUAUUAUUGAUUAUGCGUUGAUUAAUAUAAAAAUGUCCUACAAAGUAUAAUUGCUUAG